GUUAAAACUCCAAAAAAAAAAAAAUCAAUAAUUCCUCUUCUUCCUUGUGUUCAGUGCUCUUGGACUGGGGUUUCCAUUCACCGGAUAAAUGGUUCCGGUGGCUGGACCUUUUGCAGAAAACCCCACGAAUGCCCUUUAAUUUACGCCAAGUACCAAGCUUAAUGGAUUCUGAGGAGGUCUCUGCGAAGGGCAGCGUGGCCAAUUUAAUCCUCCGGUGGUCUCUGGGUCUGCUUCUCCUUAUCGUUGCUUUCUUUUCACUAUCGCUGUUGGUCGCCUUCGUCGCCGUUUUCGUCGCCAAUUCUUCAAUUCCGAGCUCAAUUUCAGUGUCCUCUCAGUGCAGGAUCGUCUCAAGCAGUGUUGAUCUUAAGUCUUCUAAAGUGUGUGAGCUUGGACUGUUCAAUUAUAAAGCCAAGCAUGUGUUUUAUCCUUUUCAAGGAAGAAGGUUUCGAUGCCGUUAUGAUUACUACUGGGCUUCAAUUUUUAAGGUGGAAUACAAAGAUCAGUCUUCCGGUCAGACUCAGCUUGCAUUGGCUGAGGCUCCAAAUGAGGCCCUUCCUCUUAAUUGCAGACCUAAUUUUGGUGCUGCAUGGUUGACCAAAGAUAAAUUCAAGGUCAAUGAAACUUAUGACUGCUGGUACACGUAUGGCAUUUCCAAAGUUAGCUUAUAUCAUGAUGGUUUCUUCAGUUGCCAAGCUAAAGAUCCGUCUACAUUUGAGAUGAUUACAAGAUAUCGCAUCCUGGCGACAAAGAUUUUACACUCCUGGAUUGUCAGCCAGAAACGAGGUGGGUUAUGGAGGUGGGAAACAAUAGCUGGAGUUAUUAGUGGGUUUUUAACUUCUUUUAUCUCCAUAAUCUUUGUUAGACUCCUGCAGCAAAUGAAAUUUAGGUUGCCUCAGAUUUUAGCCGCAAGAGUGCUUACUACCGGCUUCAGGCGCACUUGUUUACUUGUGGCAUACAUUUCUUUUGCGGGUUGGCUGGCUAUCCAGUAUGGGAAAAGGCUUGGCCUCCCGGAGAUAAUCGUACUUUUUAAGAACUCUUGAGAAGUAGGCAGCACAGUUUUUUGAGAAGUUGUAAUUCCCUUUUUGUCUGCAAGGGGUCGGUCUUGGAUUCUACAGAUUUGGAGUUGCAGCAACGGAGUGUAUCGUUCAUUCUCUGUACAAUGAUAUACAAAUGACGAUUGAGUGGGCACCGAAUGCGCUUAAUCAUCGUCUUCGUCUUGUCGGAUGGAAGCAUAUAUUUAUAUUGAGCUAAGGUAGAGAUUGUAUACUAUAGGCAACUUACAUGGAAGUAAAAGAGCGAUAAUCUUAUAUGUGAUUUGUGAAAAGUAUCUCACAGAAUUGAAUCUAUUUUUCAACAUUGAAAUUUGAAUAAUCUUUUGUUUUAUGUUUUA